AUGGGGGAAUCAAAUCACGCUAUUGUCUUCGGGGCAUCCGGUAUAAUUGGCUGGGCUGUGGUCAACGAACUCCUAAGUCCAUACCCAAGUAUCGGCCUUUUCUCCAAAGUCACCGCCAUUACAAAUCGCCCGAUAAAUCUAUCUGAGUCGCAAUGGCCUGAAUCUGCCUCACACCGACCAGACCUACAGCUUGUCUCAGGCAUCGAUCUUCGUCGUGGUGAUGGAUCUGCGUUGGCAGAGGCACUGAAACGCGUGAAAGACGUUGAAAAAGUCACCCAUAUCUUUUACCUGGUGUUCACCGCAGUUGAGGACGAUAUCGAGGAAGUUUCUACUAAUCUGCGAAUGUUCAAGAACGUCAUCCAGGCUCAUGGCUUGAUCAGUCCCAAUUUGAGCUUCGUGGCUUUUGCCGGUGGGACAAGGGGGUAUGGCAUAUACACUCCCGGGGGUGUAUUCACCCCUCCCUUGACCGAGGACAUGGUGAACGAGCUCCCAGUUAAAAGCGCAAAUACAGUCGUAUACCCAGCAUAUCGCAAACUGCUUGAUGCAGCGAGCAAAGGGAAGAACUGGACAUGGUGUGAAGUCUGCCCAGACGCAAUUAUUGGAUUUACUCCCAACGGGUCCCAGUUCAGUCUGGCCCUGCAUUGGGCCCAGUACCUAUCUCUGUGGGCCUAUAAUCAUGGCAUCGGACCGGAAACGUCAGGAAUCAGCACUACAGUGCAGAUACCCUUCCCUGGCAAUGUGGCUGGUGCCAACUCGCUUUUCUCUCCAGUAUCCAGCGGCACGCUUGCACGCUUCAUGAUAUAUGCCUCGUUACGUCCUGAGAUCUGCGGCGGAGGUCAGUUGUUCAAUGUUGCGGAUAAUGAGACGCCAUGCAAGUACGGUGAUAUCUGGCCCCGACUAGCAAGUUGGUUUGGUCUGGUGGGUGUGGGGCCUAUUGAGGACUCUUCGAAUGAUAAUUUAAAGGCAGGCGAGCUUCCACAGACCACCCCGAUCUUGACGCCUGGGGAGUAUUUUGCUGAGCAUAUGGGCAAGUUUGUUGAGCUUGGGCGUGCGAAUGCUAUCAGUGGAGGUGUUGGUGCUGGUAGGCGGCAGCUUGAUAGUGUAGGCUACUGGUUGACUUUUGACCGGCAACUCAAUUUAAAGAAGCUGAGGAGAACUGGAUUCGAAGGGGAUAAAGAUCCUGUUCAGGGCUGGCUGGAAAGUUUUGAGAUGUUUCGAAGGGCCGGGUUGAUAUUAUGA